GACUGAGUUAUUGAUUAUUCAAUCGGGAAGAAUCGCUCGCCACGUACCGUGAAAAACUUGACUCUUGAAAAUGAGUUUGGCCUUUGGCCGUCCAGUCAUUUAGUGGCGAGAUUUAGUCAGGGGUGGACCUGCUCCAGUCCAAAUUCCAAAGUUCAAGUUCAAAGUGAGUGAGACAAUGCCUAUCACAACGCCCAAGGUCCCGGAAGGGCUUCCGGAGCUGAUGAAAGGGUUGGCCAAGAGUGUCAUCAAGGAAAAUCCGGAAAAUAUCUACGUCCACGCGGCGGAGUAUUUCGAGAAUCUGAUUCGUGAGCGGGAUGGCGAUCUGGACCGAGGUUACAGGAACUUUAGUGCGUAUAAAGUGUAUGCGGAUUAUAAGGAGAAGUGUCGUGGGAGGGGUGAAUGUCUAAGUGCGGGAAGUGGCGGAGAUGUUCCGAGUUCUGCCGGAGCGAUGGCCGUUCGUGGCAAAAUGGCCAGCGAUGGGGACGAUGAUAGUGGUGGGAGUGCUUCGGCGACUCGCGGUCGUCGCAAGAAACGGGUGAGGAAGCAGGGAUCGAAGGAGUCUAAUAGAUCUUUGGAGAAGCAAGACUCGGUUGGAUCGACAACGGAAGGUGUGAACGGUGAAGAGGAUGAAAAGAAGCCUAGUAGUGCGAACAGUUCUCUGAAGGGGGAUUUGGGGGCCAUCAAGGAGGAUUCUCCGGAUAUAGAGCAGGCAAUGGUGAAAGUGGAAGCUCAUCUGGAAGACCAAGCACCGAGGAAAAGAUCCAUCAACAAAUCUGUGAGCGUGGAUUCGGCAGCUGCGGUAAGCGCAGUGAGCAGUGUGCUGCAAGAUGCUGUUGAAGACGCGGAUGAUGCUGAUAGGGAAACCGGGGAAGCGAUUGAAACGCAAGUGGAAGCAGAUUUGGCAGAAGAGUUAGGGCAUCCCAUCAAUUGCGAAGAUGUGGACUCGUACCCGCCAGACGAGGACGGGAAUGGUGAGGAUUACGGAAGUGCCCCGAGUACGGCGGAGGUUGGUGGGGAAGUUUUGGGCGAGGCAGAUAUGUUGGUGGAUGAUGCACCUCCGACUGAAGUCGCUGAUAAUGUGGAGAAAAAAUCAGAUGAAGUGGACCUAUCUGUGAACGGCGUGGAGGAAAAAACUGAAGAACCCGUCAUGAACGGAUCAGUGGAAGUGAAAUCUGGGAGCCCAGUUAAAGGUUCGAUUGAAAAGCAAGAUUCUGGUGAGGCACAAAGUGAAGGAAUUGACACGGUAGAUGAACCAGUGCCCGUGGUAGAAGAGGUUGAAGAAUCGGUUCCAAACCUGCCGGACGUUCCAACGGAAGAGCCGAGUGCCGAAAUUGAGGAAGCCGACACCGAGGCGGAAGCAGCACAAGUGGAGCCUAACGUUGAAGAACCAAACGACGAGGAGAAACUGGUCGACAAAGCACAGGAAGAGACAAUAGAAGAUGCAAAUGUGAUAGAAACUUCGAAGGAAUCGUCUGUCGAUAAAUUGGAUGAAGCUUCUGUUGCAGACGAAGCAACUAAAGAAGAAACCGCAAAGGAAGACGUGGCUGAACAAGAAUCGCCAUCCGAUAAAACUGAUGCGGCAGAAGAAGCUUCCCAGAAAGAAGAAGGUUCAGAACCAUCGCCAACAGUUGAAUCGGAAUCAAAGGAUAAUGGAAGUGAAGCCGCUGAAACGUCACCAAAGCAAGCUAUAAGUGUGGAAGAGAAUGCAAAUACUCCAUCGAAUGCAGAUAAUGAGGAAAAUCCUUCAAAGGAAGACGACCAGAUCAUUGCUUCGAAAGAAGGAUUAGAGGAAAAAUCUGAAGAACCAUCUCCGGUAUCAGGUGAAGACCCAGUUGUUGGUGAAUCACAGGAAGAACCGGUCGGAAACGAGGAGUCGAACAAUGAAACACAAUCUUUGGAAGGAGAUCAAUCGGAUGCAAAACUAGAAACCGAAAACGGAAACGUGUCUGGUGAGCUAGUAGAGAAUCCUCCUGAAAACUCGGAAUCGAAUGAGAAUGUAUCAAACGAAAAGGAGGAUUCCACGGUUGAAAAUCCAAGUGAGACCAAGGAAUCUAACGGAAAUCCGGAUGAAGCUUCACCGAUCAAAUCAAACUCUAUGGAACAAAACGAUGAGCAAUCAGCGCCAGAAGAUGUCCCACCAGUAUCUAACGAACCAGAGACGGAUGUUCAACCAGAAGACGCUGUUCAGAAGAAUUUUACCGGAUCUGACUCUGAAGUGCAACCCAAUGGUUCAACUCAGGCAUCCAAGGAGCCUUCGGUAGAACAAUCGGAAUCCGAGAAAAACGCGAGCUUAGAUGAACCAAAAUCGAGUGGCUCUCCCAAGGCAUCCAAGGAGCCGUCGCUCGACAAACCGGAGCCUGAAGUGAACGCGGAUUCGGAUCAAGUAAAAUCAAGUGCUUCAGCCAAGGCAUCAAAAGAAGCGUCGCUUGACGAACCGGAAGCCGAGCAGAACGCAAGCUUGGAUGAACCAAAAUCCAGUGGUUCACUCAAAGCAUCCAAGGAGCCAUCGCUUGAAGUACCCGAAUCUGAAGUGAAUGUGGAUUCAGAGCAACCCAAAUCAAGCGCUUCAGCCAAGGCAUCCAAGGAGCCUUCGCUGGACGAACCGGAACCCGAGAUCAACGGAGAACUGGAUCAACCAAAAUCUAGUGGUUCGGCCAAAUCAUCCAAGGAGCCAUCGCUGGACAAACCGGAUCCGGAGAAGGACGAGCCAAAAUCGAGUGGUUCUGCCAAGGCAUCGAAGGAGCCAUCGUUAGAGCAAGGUGGUUCAGCCGAGGCAUCCAGAGAACCCUCACUGGACAAAUCGGAGUCCGAGUUGAAUCAGAGCUUGGAUCGGUCGAACGGCGAUCAGUCGAAAGAGUCCUCCGCUAAGGAAUCGGCAGGAGAGUCUGGUUCUGCGGAGGAAGCCACUGGACGUGAUGAAGGUGGGUCGCCUGCAGAUGGCGGUGAAGUUUCCAUCAGCAGCCGGAUGGGAGAUGUCGAACAAGAAUUGGAAUCUGUGAGUAAGGAUGCAGAAGUCGAAGGUCAUUUGGAGGAGGAUGCAGCGGCUGAAGAACCUUCGGCUCCACCAAUGCAAGAAUCAGGGGAAUCUAAAGCUGAAGACGAUGUUGCGAAGGGAGACGGUAGCAUGGAAGCUGAAACGAAACAAGAUUCCGAAGAAGUUGACGAAUCGAAGAAAGAGGUUGUGGAAGAACCAUGCAUCCAGCGACAAGUUUCCCCAUCAACAUCGAAAAUUCCGAGCAAGCAACCCAGCGUAGAGCUGGAAGACAUCAAAAAAGUCGAUCUGACUUCACUUAACAAAGACUCUGCGGAAGCUUUGUUCUACACGUUGAAGAAGUCGGAACUGGAGAAUCAAGCGACAAAACCUGAAGCGGAAGUUGAGCAAAACGAGGAAGAGAAAGAUGACGAUGCUGACGUGGUGGUAACUGAGGAACCACCGCCUCCGGUAAGCCGUCAAUCAACCAAGCGUAGCUUUACCGAUGAUUUUUUAGAGAAUAGCCCCAUCACUGAGGAAGCCAGCAAAUCUGCUGAAGGUGAUGGGGUUGCGGACAACAAGGGUGCCGAUGAAGACGAGAACCAGGUGUUUAAUCCAAUGCUUGCAGCCAGUGUUCGGAACAAGCAACUACAAGAUCAGCUGCACAGCAGGUAUUCACAGGAUGAUAUGAGCAAACUCCAAAGAUCUCCGCGCAAAGCGGCGAUGCACAGAAGUAUGACAGAGCGUGUGGACUUGGCCAAGCAGAGUACGAACUAUGUAGAUUUGCGGAAAUACGAUCCGGAUUACGUGGAAGAAGAGGAUCAGUUCGACGGGUAUUACAUUGGUAAUUUAAGGAAUAAAAUUUUAGCUAGUUCGGUUUCGGUGGCUGAUUCGGAUUAUUACGACCCGGAGCAGGUCGAAGGAUCCUUAGACGAUAACAAUGUGCAAACGGCAUUGCAGACCAUUGCCUCGACGGACACCGAGUCUACGCUGCCUUCGCAGAUCACCGUUCAGGCGAACAAGGGUUUCUUGAAACGGGGCUCGCAAAACACUUCCUCGAACAUUCCGUAUUCGUCGUUCGGUAACAACGCGAUCAACCAAUCGUUGGAUGAUUUCAUAGAGCGCGAAGAGCAGAUGAAGGAAGCGGCGGAAGCGCAAGCAGCGUCAACGAUUCAGCGUUCGUACAGACGAUUUCGUACGAACAAAAAGAAACUGCUGAGAGACUACCACAGCACGAUGCAGACCUUCACGGAGGAUCAGUCGACGGAGAGUCUCGAGGACUACCCCAGCAGUGUGAUCCAGAUCAAGUUGGACCGAAAGCAACAGGAAGAAAGCGACAAUUCCUUUGAGGACGCCCGUAGCGAAAACCGUCGACGGCCGAUGUACAGUUUGAACAUCGAUGAGUACGAUACGGCGGCUCGGCGAAUGACGUUGACCCGAGGCGUGGCGAUGCAGCGAAACUCCACUCCCGAAGAGGACUCCGGCAAGUCGGACGAGAAGAAAUCCGCUAGUGAUCCAGCCUCAACUCUGACCAUUACGGAGGAAAGCCCCAGAACCUCGAGCGAUUUGUCGUCGGAGGAGAAGAAGAGCAGCACCAGCAGCGACGAGAAGGAGAACAAGGACAACAGCUCGUCCAAAUCAAGUGGAGGUAAGACCUCGGCGGAGGAGUCAGCUGUAGCAGCGACCGCUCAGAACGAUGGAAGGAAAAGUGCCUCGCUGGACGUCCAGAAACUGUUCAUCGCCCGUCAGCGCACGAUGCCGGUACAGAUCGAGACGACGGUGAUGCGGGCUCAACCGAAGCAUCUGCGGAAGCGAAUCAAGAGCGCCGGCAUGAUCAGAAAGUAGGCUGUGCGGUCGCGCUGCGGGAUUGGUUUAGUAACUGCAGUAGCGUAAUUUUCUAGAAUACUCAAAAGUUUGUUGUGACGUAUUUGAAUGACACUCAAAUAAAUUUGGCAAUA